AUGGGGCCAGUGCCCUACUCCUUUGAGCCACAGGUGCUGCCCAACACUCUAAACUUUGAAACUAUUUGAGCACCAGUGUCACUCAUAGGAAAUUAUUAUUGGAGUCUUUUGGAUUUCAGAUUUGGGGUGCUCACCUAGUAAUUUCAAAAUCCAAAACACUGUAGGCCCAAGAAUUUUGGUUAAGAGGUACCCAACCUCUUAACAAAGCGAUCUGUAUAUUCAGUACAAUCCUUGUCAAAAUCAUCCUAAUAGUAAUUUUUACAGAAAUAGAAAAAGCAAUUCUAAAAUAUGUAUGGAACCACAAGAAGACCAUAAAUAGCCAAAUCAAUCUUGUGAAAGAACAAAGCUGGAGGCAUCACACUCUCUGAUUUCGAAAUAUAUGGCAGAGCAACAGUAAUCCAAACAGUAUGAGACUGGCAUAAAGACAAAUGUGCAAACCAAUGGGAGCAGAAAAGCCCAGAUGUAAAUGUUUGUGUAAUGUGAUCAACUAAUCUUUAAGGGUGUCAAGAAUACAUAAUAGGGAAAGGAUGGUCUUUGCAAUAAAUGAUGUUGGGAGAACUGGAUUAUUCACAUGUGAAAGAAUAAAAUUGGAUUCCUUAUUUUACAUCAUACAGAAAAAUCAACUCAAAAUGAGUUAAAGACUUAAGACCCAAAUCUCUUUAUCUCCUGAAAAAACAUGUCUUAGGGAGGGGGCUGGAGCUUCAUAACAUUGUCUGUGGCAGUGAUUUCAUGGAUGUGACAUCAAAAGCACAGGCACUAACAAUAAAAAAAGACAAGCUGGAUAACAUCAAACUAUAAAGCUGCUUAACAGCCAACAAAACGAGUAAAAAAAAAAGGCAACCUAAGGAAUGAGAGUAAAAUUUGCAAACCAAAUAUCCAAUAGGGGUUAGUUCCCCCCAAAUAUAAGAAACUGCCACAACUCAUAGUAAAAAUAAACACAAAACUACCCAAUUAAAUGUGCUAGAAACUUGAAUAGGCAUUUCUCCAAAGGAGACAUACAAAUGGCCAACAGGUGUAUGAAAAAAAAAUUCAGCAUCACUAGUCAAGAAAAUUGCAAGUUAAAACCACAAUGAAGUAUCAUCUUAUACCUGUCAGAUUGGCUAUUAUCAAAAAAAAAAAACCCCACAAGUAUUGGUGAUGAUGUAGAGAACUGAAAUCCUUGCACACCAUUGCCAGGAAUGGACACAGCCACUAUGAAAAGCAGUAUGGAGGUUACUCAAAAAAUUAAGAGAGUGCCAUAUGAUUCUGCAGUUUUGCUUCUGGGCAUGUAUCCAAAAGAAGUGAAAUCAGGAGCUCAGUGUUUUAGCGCUCCAGUGUUCAUUGCAGCACAAUAAUAUUCAUAGUAGCCAAAAUGUGGAAACAACCUAAAUGCCUGUGAACUGAUGGAGGAAAUAUGGGAUGCAACAGACUAUUACUCAGCCUUUAAAAAGAAGGAAAUUCUGCCAUAUGUGUGUGACAACAUAUAUGAACCUUGAAGACGUUAUGCUGAGUGAAAUGAGCUGGUCACAGACAAAUACUGCACAUUUCCAUUUAUAUGAGGAAUCUAAAAUAGAUUCACUUCCAUUUACAUGAGUUAUCUAAAAUAGUCAAAUUCAUAGAAAUGGAGAGUGGAAUAGGCAUUACCAGGGGAUGGGGGAGGGGAAAUGAGGAGUUACUAAUUGGGUAUAAAGCUUCAUUCAGGAGAGAUGAGUAAACACUAGAGGCCUGCUAUGCAACAUUGUAUCUAGUCAUCAAUAAUGUUCACUUAGAAAGUUGUUAAGAAGGUAGAUCUCAUAUUCUUACUACAAUAAAGGUUUCAUUUCUAAAAUUGUGGCAUUAGAAUAGGGCCUUUAUAAGAUGUGCAAAGACAGAGAUAAAAUGAUCAUGUAUUCAAAAAAGAGGGUGUUAAAGGUAGGGAAGCUACUAGUGCAGGAUUUUAUUGGGAAAUAAUAAGUAGUGUGUCUCAGCCAUUUAAAAAAAAAAAAUUAGGCCGGGAUGGCUGGAUGCGGUGGCUAAGGCCUGUGAUCCAAGUACUGUGGGAGGCCAAGGCCAGUGUAUUGCUUGAGCUCAGGUGUUUGAGGCUAGCCUGAACAAGAGUAAGACUCUGUCACUGGGCAUUGUGGUGGAUGCCUAUAGUCCCAGCUACUUGAGGGGCUGAGAAAAGAGGGUUGCUUGCCCAAGAGUUUGAGGUUGCUGUGAACUAUGAUGCCAUGGCACUCUUAUCAGGGAUAAGAAAAUGAGACCCUGUCAAAAAAAAAAAAAAAAAAAAUUUGGCAAACUAAUACUUUUCCUAACAACCUGGAUGGCACAGGAGACCAUCCUUCUAAGUGAAGUAUUGUAGGAAUUAACAAACACUACAUGUGCUCACUUUUCAAAUGUAACUAAAUGAUCAACAUACAUGUGUAAGUAUGGUAGUACUUACUUUCAAUGGAAAUCAAGCAGAUGGAAGGGGGGAUGGGUAAAUUCCCACCUAAUGGAGCACAACACACACUUUCUGGGGGAUAAACAUAAUAAUUACCUUGAUUCAAACUGUACAAAAGUAUUGUAUGUAACCCUGUAACAUUCUGAAAUCUUAAAAAUUUAAAAAGACAAAAAAAAUUCUAGUGUGUGUUCGUAGCUUAAAAUUUGGAAAGGUAAGUAGAAAAAUAAUGAGAAAGACUUGUAAAUAAAAUCACAGGAGUACAGAAUUUUAUUUGCUAAGAUGUGGAAAGCUGUUGAAAAUUUUGGAGCUGAGUUGGCACAGCUGUAAAAUCUCCCUUGCAAGAAAUGUAGGAUGUCUGACAUGUAGUAGAGGUUGAUAACCUAAGGGACCGUAACAAACUGAUUGACAUACAGAGGUGGUCACCAUAAGAAACUAGGCCUACUGUAUUGAUACAUACAUAUGGUGCAUGUCCAGUCUAUGAAAAUUAGGUGACCUUGAAAGUGGUCAUUAUAGGGAGGUAGUCAACUAUGGAGGUUCUACUGUAUUUGAGUGAUCUUACUGUUCCAUAAGGGCCUUUAAAAAUCUUUAGGAAAAAUCUUGGUUUGCUAGUAGCAUUGUAAUUUGGCUACAGCGUUGUUAAUGCUGAUAAUGAGAAUUCUUACAGGAAAUAAUUCUCAAAGGUGACAAAUACUAAUCAAGUUCUAAGCACUGUACUUUCUUUUUUUACUAAAUAGUAUAGGAUUUGAAUCAAUGUGAAUUAUCCUAAUGUGUGUCAUCUUUACAGGUGUCAGUAAAAUGGCCUUUCGUCAUUUAAUUGAGUUCACAUAUACAGCAAAAUUAAUGAUACAAGGAGAAGAAGAAGCCAAUGACGUAUGGAAAGCAGCAGAGUUUCUACAAAUGCUAGAAGCUAUCAAAGCCCUUGAAGUCAGAACCAGAUAGAAUGGUGAUUGGACAGCUGAAUCCAACAGACCCAUGGAAGUUUUAGUCCAUACCCUUCCUGAGUUUGCCCCAGGAUGCUUGGGAACAAAGAAAACUCAGCUCCAUUAGAGGAAAAUACCACAGGAAAAAGUGAGGCCAAAAAAAGGAAGAUUGCAGAAACAUCAAAUGUGAUAACUGAGUCGUUGCCAUCUGCAGAAUCAGAACCUGUUGAAAUUGAGGUAGAGAUUGCCGAAGGCACAAUCGAAGUGGAAGAUGAAGGCAUGGAAACGUUAGAGGAAGUGGCUUCUGCCAAGCAGUCUAUAAAGUACAUACAGAGCACAGCUUCCUCUGAUGAUUCAGCUUUGGCACUGUUGGCAGAUAUUACCAGCAAGUACCGUCAAGGUGAUAGAAAAGGGCAGAUUAAAGAUGAAGAUGGCUGUGCAUCUGACCCCACAAGCAAACAGGUAGAAGGUAUUGAAAUUGUGGAACUUCAGCUGUCACAUGUGAAGGACUUGUUCCAUUGUGAGAAAUGUAACCGUUCAUUUAAAUUGUUUUACCAUUUUAAGGAACACAUGAAAUCACACUCCACUGAGAGUUUCAAGUGUGAAAUAUGCAAUAAAAGGUAUCUUCGGGAGAGCGCAUGGAAACAGCACCUAAAUUGUUACCACCUUGAAGAAGGUGGAGUCAGUAAGAAGCAAAGAACUGGGAAAAAAAUUCACAUAUGUCAGUACUGUGAGAAACAGUUUGAUCAUUUUGGACAUUUUAAAGAGCAUCUUCGAAAACAUACAGGUGAGAAACCUUUCGAAUGUCCAAAUUGCCAUGAACGAUUUGCUAGAAAUAGCACCCUUAAAUGUCACCUCACUGCAUGCCAAACUGGAGUGGGGGCAAAAAAGGGAAGAAAGAAGCUUUAUGAAUGCCAGGUCUGUAACAGUGUGUUUAACAGCUGGGACCAGUUCAAAGAUCACUUGGUAAUACACACUGGAGAUAAACCCAACCAUUGUACUUUAUGUGAUUUGUGGUUCAUGCAAGGAAAUGAACUGAGGAGGCAUCUCAGUGAUACUCACAAUAUUUCAGAGCGUCUAGUAACUGAAGAAGUUCUUUCAGUAGAAACACGUGUGCAAACUGAACCUGUGACAUCAAUGACUAUUAUAGAACAAGUUGGGAAGGUGCAUGUGUUACCAUUACUUCAGGUCCAGGUAGAUUCAGCACAAGUAACUGUGGAACAAGUCCAUCCAGAUCUGCUUCAGGACAGCCAAGUGCAUGAUUCACAUAUAAGUGAGCUUCCAGAGCAAGUCCAAGUGAGUUACCUAGAAGUGGGUCGAAUUCAGACUGAAGAAGGUACUGAAGUACAUGUGGAGGAGCUGCAUGUCGAACGGGUAAAUCAAAUGCCGGUAGAAGUACAAACUGAGCUUCUAGACACAGACUUGGAUCACAUGACUCCAGAAAUCAUGAACCAAGAGGAGAAAGAGCCUACCCAUGCAGAGACUGUUGAGGCUGCCAGGGAAGAUCAGGAAAAUGCUGAGGAUUUAGAGACCAGGCCAACAGUGGAUUCCCAAGCUGAAAAAGCCGGGGAAGAGGACAGAACAGUUAUGCCAGUUUUAGAAUGAAAUAACGAAUAUAUUUUUAAAUUUACAUGUUAGGCUUUUGAACUGUUUAAGGUCAGUGUGACUGUCCUUAAAGCUAACAGACAAGUGGACCAAAGUUAAACCUUAUUUCCUGUUGUGCUGAUCCGUUUAUCAAAACAAACUGAUUCUCCUCCCCUCUCUUAAUGCCACAGAGGAGGGAUUUUUCCCACACAUGAAGGGGAGCUUUGAGGAGUAUAUUUCGGGAAACUUACAUGGAUUAUAUUCUUAUUACAUAGUUGGGUACGAAUUUAUUUUCAUUGUGGUAAAGGUUCUCUCUUUUUUCUUUCCCAGGUCGUGUCAUUCCUCAAAUUUUUUCCAUAUUAUAAACUCAAACAUAAAAUCAUUAGAAUACAAACUAUGUAUUCUAAUGCAUGUUAGAAAAUUGAAUAUAUAGGAAACACAAGGCUGCAUGAAGAAAAGUGCGUUGUUACUGUGCAGUUGAAUUUUGGCUUCUGGCUUUCUUUAGUUUGAACAGAUAUUUUUUGUUUAUCCCAAUAGUCACAGAUGGCCAUCUCUUCAAUAGAAAGAGUGGUGGUGGCAAAAUUUCUAGAAUGUAAAAAAAAAAAAAAAAAAUCCACACCCAUGUGCCUUUUUAAAACCAACUAAAUUUCUAUAAAUCAUCUCUGGUCUUUCAAAGUUUGUGUUGUAAGCAGCAAUGUAGAUGAUCUUAUUUAUUUUUGCUUAUAAUGACAGUGACCAAUACUUUUUCACUUAGGUUGAAAAAGUUCAUUUAAUGACAGCUGAAAGGCCAUUUUCAAUUGGGAAAAUUCAUAUACAUCUGUGGUAAACUUUUAUUUUGAUGAAAAGUUGCACUAGUAUUUUACCAUCAGAUGAAAAAACAAGAUAUGCGUAUCAUUUAAAAAUUAAUGUAUUUAAAAUAAAGUACAGAGAAGAACAUGUAUAUAAUUAUCAGGCUUUGUUUUGAAUGACCCCCCUAUCCUUAAUGUAAAAAGAUCUUGUGCUAUAACUUUUAAAGCCAUACAAAUAAGAGUGCUAAACUGUGGACUUAAAAGUAGGUGUGUAAAUAUUUUUAAUCAGUAUUAUUUGGAAAAUAAAAUAGAACAACCACAUAAAUAAACCAAUAUGCUAUUUUCUUUACCUGUUAAAGAUUGGGAGAUAUUUACCUUUUUAAAGUAAACUUUAAAAUUAUG